AUGCCAGAUUUAGAUAAAUUGUCACUAGAUGCGAUAUACACAUCGGAGAAAAAUGGAAAUGAUGAAACUGGAAAUGGUUCAGAAGAUAAACCAUUCAAAACCAUCUUGCAGGCUAUGCGCUGUGCCGGGAAAGAGCCUUUCCCUACCAUUUACGUCGACUCCAAGGAAGAAAGUAAAAAAUAUGACGUUGCGGCUAAGUCUCAAUUGAAAAAAAUCCAAAAAAUUUGGGUCAGAGAGAACUAUAAAGCGGCUGAUAAAGCAAAGGCUGAAGAAGAAGGCAAUGAGAAACGACAACAGAACUUAGAGGAAGCAAAGAAAAUAGUUAUAAAACAAGAUCCUAACCUCCCUGAAGCAGUCUCAGUCAAAAUAUAUCAAACACAAGACCACAGAGGGAAAAGAGUUAAGGUAUCAGGUUGGGUUCAUAGACUAAGGCGACAAGGAAAAUCUCUUGCUUUUCUUACAUUAAGGGAUGGCACUGGCUACCUACAAUGUGUGCUCCAUAACCUUCUUUGUCAGACUUAUGAUGCCCUGGUUCUAUCUACGGAGUCAUCUGUUACAGUGUAUGGAAGCCUCGAAGUAGUUCCUGAGGGAAAAUCUGCACCAGGGGGUCAUGAGUUAAUGGUUGACUACUGGGACUUGGUUGGUUUAGCACCACCCGGAGGAGCUGAUGCUAUACUAAAUGAGGAGGCCCAUCCUGAUGUUCAAUUAGAUAACAGGCAUAUUAUGAUCCGAGGCGAAAACACCUCGAAAGUACUUCGUGCUAGAGCCGCGGUGACUCGCGCGUUCCGAGAGCAUUUCCAUGCCCGCGGCUACACUGAGGUGACACCACCCACUCUCGUCCAGACACAAUGUGAGGGCGGUAGUACUCUCUUCAAGUUUAGUUACUUUGGAGAACAAGCAUACUUGACGCAGAGCUCUCAGCUUUAUCUUGAAACGUGUUUGGCGACCUUGGGAGAUGUAUACUGCAUAGCGCAGUCAUACAGAGCAGAACAAUCGCGGACUAGAAGACAUCUUGCCGAGUAUAGCCACGUAGAAGCAGAGUUCUCCUUUAUUACAUUUGAACAGCUGUUAGACAGGAUUGAAGAUCUGGUGGUGGAUGUUGUAGAUAGAGUCUUGGCCUCCCCCGAGGGUCAGCUGGUGUAUGAACUCAACCCAGAUUUUAAGAAACCAACAAGGCCUUUCAAGAGAAUGGCAUAUACCGAUGCUCUUGAAUACCUCAAAGAAAACAACAUCACUAAGGAUGAUGGAUCAUUCUACGAGUUUGGAGAUGACAUUCCCGAAAUGCCGGAACGUAAGAUGACGGACGCAAUCGGAGAGCCGAUACUGCUCUGCAAGUUUCCAGCUGAGAUCAAGUCCUUCUACAUGCCGCGGUGUGAAGAUGACAAGCGUCUAACGGAGUCUGUGGAUGUGCUGAUGCCGGGCGUCGGCGAAAUAGUAGGCGGUUCCAUGAGGAUUUGGGACUUUGAGGAGCUGAUGGAAGGUUACAAACGAGAAGGCAUCGACCCAUCUCCCUACUAUUGGUACACGGAUCAACGUCGUUUUGGUUCCGUACCACACGGUGGCUAUGGGUUGGGCUUAGAGCGAUUCCUAUGCUGGCUGUUAGCCCGCCACCACAUCCGCGAUGUGUGCCUUUACCCCCGUUUCCUUGAGCGCUGCACCCCCUAG